GUUUUGGCGGGCAGUUUGGCUGCUAGCAACUACCAAGAGGUGAACUUUAUGUUUUCUGGCACAACACGAUCGUCAUUGAGGCGCCGCAGAGCUGAAGCUAAUCUCUCAGUAGAAGAGGCUAUUUUUCACGUGUGGAAUUUACAGGACAGCUCUACAAUGUUAGAUGGAGGGCAGUUUGUGGAGGCCCUGGGCCGCCUGGGUUUCCCUGGCGCUCCAUCACUGAAGGCAUCAGAGUUUGAUUGGCUGUUUGACUGUGCACCUGAGAACCUCCAUUUUCUGCGGUUUGUUUGUCGAACCCUCAACUCAAGCAAUGCUCUCACUGUGGAGGAGGCUCGAGCCUUCCAGGAGCUACAAAAGUCUGGCAAACCUAUUUUGGAUGAGGCAGCCUUAGGGGAAGUCCUCAAAACCAUUGGGCUGUCAGAUGGAAGCACCGUGAGCUCUGUUUCACCCUCCUCAUUUGCAGCAGUGGGAGAAGUGAGUUCAGAGGAUUUGGAAGCAGAGUUGAAGGCAUUGCGCAAAGAGAAGGACUUGAAGCAAAAACGCUACAAUAGGUUACAGCUCAAGGCAAUUUCACAGGCUGAUAUGGACCUACGGCUCACUGUAGAAAUGGAAAAGACCGCAAGUAGAUUAAAAGAGACAAACGCAUUGAUUGGUGCUGAGAAUGCACACACUAACACAAUUUUGCAAAAUAUGACAGAUGAGGUGAAACAUGUUGGUUCAUAUUUAUCUGCAUGUGACAAAAAUGGACAAAGUGAAUCACUUACAAUGGUCUCCCAGCAUUCCUCUGUCCUCUCCCAGCAUUCCUCUGUCCUCCUCUCCCAGCUGUCUUUGGAUCCCUAUUUGCAACAGGAAGAGCUCAAUACCAAAACACUUGCUGCCUUCACACAGAAGCAUUUUUUCAAAGGCAUCACUGAUAUUGUGGAGGCUUCCUAUUCAGGGCACCUUCAGCUGCUGGACCUCAGCUCAUGUGAGGAAGAGGGAGAGAGCAUGUACUCUGAACCUAAAGACUGUGAGGAGCAGGAGGUGCAGCACAGAAGGACAGAAAUGGCAAGACUCCAGUGGGCUCAUAUAGUGGCCCAUUACCAGCUCAUGCACGCCCAGGCAGAGGAGAAGAGCUUUAAAACUGGGCUGAACUGGCUCUCUGAGAAGUUAUUUCAUGUCAAGAGCAUUUCGAUGUCGUCCUCGCUCCAUAUUCGUAAUGAUGUGCUGAAGAAAGAACUGCAGGCUGUGGAAGCAGAACUGGAAGCUCUUCUCCAAGGCCCAGUCCUUGCGGCUCUCAGGGAGUCUGCCAGACAUCUCAAUGUCCCGGUUGUGAGAGGGGACCUGGCUUUGCAGCUUGCGAGGCAAGAUUACUACACACAAAGAGAACCAGAAGUGCGUGACUACCUCCUCCGUCAAAAGGCAUCAUUUGAUCUUCUGCACUUGGCUCAGGAGAUGGAGUUGAGAAGAUGGAAAACUUGCUUGAAGCUGUUAGAAGAUGUCUUCUGCAAACUGGUGAAUGACAGUGAAGCAGCGUCACUCAGAAUUGAUACACUAGCUCACCCCAACCUGACCAUCAACCCCAGACCAAAUCCUAUUAUCAGCAGCAAGGAUGUAGCAUUUAGCAGAUUACUCCAGAUUCUUGACCAUAGCUCAAACAGUAGUUGCUCUGAGCCCUUUCGAACAUACGAAGCCUUAAACCAGGCCGCCCAGAGCCUGUCCGCAGAUCUCCAGAUAACUCAAGAUGCCUUGGCUGGAGCCGGUCGUGAGCAGUUAUACACAGGAGCCCGUCUCCAUGGCGACUGUGAUGUGCUGCGUAGGGCCAUGUACACAGAGCUCCAGCAGCUGGUCUUAGGGCCUCAGGAACUGAGCACAAAGCUCCUGGAGGCUGAGUCCCAGUUGGAGAGUCUGCAGCAGGUGAUGCAGGAAAUCAUGAGUGAGGUCAAAUCCAAACGCUUACAGCUGGACCGCAGCAGACUUCUGAGGCGGGAGAGGGAGCUGUACAUCUACUUCCACUUAGAUGCUCGAAUACUACAGAAAGUAGUGGAGGACCUAGAGACCAAAAUGUCCGCAAAAGACUAGCAAAUAUUUAGUUUUGAAUGACUAUGUUCAAGUUCAUAAUGCUCUUUGUUUUGACUUGAUUAAUCCAGUAUAUGUAACAAUUCUAAAAUGCUGUGUUUUGUCCUGUUGAUUAUAAAGAAAUAAAUGACUAUUGCCAUUUCAGAUGAAAUGUUUGCUGAAUCAUCCUGUAUUUGAUGAUCCUUGUGUAGUAUUUGUAGAUACAGAAUGGAAUAAACUAACUAUACUUGUU